UUCUGGGGCUGGACAGUGCCCAGAUGGACAUAACUGUCCUGGAGAUGAAAAUGACCCCACCACUAGUUCUGGUGCUGGAACAUGUCCAGAUGGACAUAACUGUCCUGGAGAUGAAAAUGAGCCCACCACUAAUUCUGGUUCUGGACAGUGCCCAGACGGACAUAACUGCCCUGGAGAUGAAAAUGACCCCACCACAAAUGUUGGGGCUGGACAGUGCCCAGAUGGACAUAACUGUCCUGGUGAUGAAAAUGACCCUACCACAAAUUCUGGUUCUGGACAGUGCCCAGAUGGACAUAACUGUCCUGGAGAUGAAAAUGACCCCACCACAAAUGCCGGGUCUGGACAGUGCCCAGACGGACAUAAUUGUCCAGGGGAUGAAAAUGAACCCACCACAAAUUCGGAGGCUGGACAGUGCCCAGAUGGACAUAACUGUCCUGGAGAUGAAAACGACCCUGUUACUUCUGCUAGUAGUCAAUCCAAUACCACUUUAACUUCCACAGUGCCAACUAGUGACCAGCAUGUGAGUCCAGGCCCACAUGAAGCUGCCCCUUCCUCCACCACAACCUCAGCUACAGCUGUAGAUGCCCAGUCAGCCACUGGUGUCUCUGAUACUGCAAUACCUGUGGCUGGUGGUGCAGAACCAAUGCCAGGUAGCAAUGUACCAAUACCAGCAGUUCCAGUAUCCAUGCCACAAGCCACAGUUUCCAUGCCAUGUGUUCCAGAGGUCUCACAGAUUGGCCAUUCACCUAUGUCAGCUUCCUCACAAGGUGCCCAAUUAACAACACCUUCUGGUGCACCGGUUAAUACAGAGGCACAACAUGCCAUCCAAGCUACCAUUGCCAGCACUGUGUCUGCACCUGCAAGUAUGGAAACAACAAGUUCUCCUGCUGUACAGACAACUGCAUCUACUACAGAGCAUGUCGCUCAGCCUGUGGUGACUAAUAUGCCACCAUCUAUACAACCUGUGGUGCCCUCUAUGGGCCAGGUAGAACACCCGGGGGGAAGUGAGGUGAAGGUUGAGCCACAAGGGCCUACAGCAGUCGGUGAACAGGUAGUGCCAGGGCAAGCUAGUGAGGAACCGGGACAGAUAGAACAGAAAGUAGCUUCAGGAACUGAGAUACAAAAAUAUAUAAAGACGGAAGCAGACUUGACUGUACCUCAGACAUGCCAGGAAGAGACUAAACCACCACCAGCCCUAGCUGUUGCCACAACACCUCAUUCAGCUGUGCCAAAUACCACACAUCCUCCGAUGCCAUCUGCUGUUGCAAUCUCUGGAUCUGCUGGCACCAAGCCUACAACCAAUGACAUGAUGUCAUCUCUAGCUGGCAUGAUGCCCACCACACCUGGCAUGAUGCCAGCCUCAAAUACUUCAAUGUCCAUGGCUACUGGCAUGAUGCCCUCUUCAGGUGCAGGGCCUACUUCAGUUGGUAUGCCAACCAGUGCAGCACAGGGUAUGCAUAUGGUAACAGCUCACCAACAGUAUGGCAUGCCACAUUCUAGCAUGCCACACACCAGUAUGCCACAUACCACAGCGAGAGCAUCUACGCCACAGUCUGCUGCAAGCCAGCCUCCAACUGUCCAAUCCAUGCCAGGUAUGCCACCACUGUCCAUGAUGCAGGGGAUGCCAAGACCUGGCAUGCCAGUGGCAACAUCUGGCAUGGGAGCCACUCCUCAUCCUGGCAUGGGCCCUGGCAUGCACUUCCCUCCUGGGAUGAGACCCAGAAUGAUGCCCCCAGGUAUGCAUCAUCAGCCAGGACCCCCCUUUCCGCCCCACCCAGGACAGUCCAGGAUGCCAGGGUCAGGCAUGGUGCCUCCAACUUCUGGCAUGGUACCUCCAACAUCUGGCAUGGUGCCUCCAGGCCAGCAGCCACAGUUCAGUCCACAGAUGCCAGGUGGCAUGGGAGCACCAAGGAAAGACAAGCCAGUGCUGCUUGAAGAGCAACCGUUAUUACUACAAGAAUUGCUUGAACAGGAGAGACGGGACCAGCAGAAGCAGGCGGAGCAGCAGGUGUUGAUACAGAAGAGGGACAGCGGAUUGAUGUCCGACGCAGAGUUUGAGAAACGCAGGGCUGAGUUGGCCAUCACUGAGAGCAGGCGGCCCCCCAUGCCAGGACCUAGAAUGCCAGGCAUGGGCAUGGAAGGGAUGCCAAGACCUGGUGAUCAGUGGCAGGGGCCUAUGGGUGGCCCCAGGGAGGGGAUGUUUCCACCUCCAUACCCAGGCCGCUCCCAGGGACCCCAUAUGAUGCCCAGAACCCCCUCACCUUUUGGUAGCUCACCAGCAGAGGGAGGCAUGGGACCCCGCCCACCUCCUCCUCAAGGCACAGAUCCUCUCAGUGAGGCGGAGAGAAGAGAACAAUACAAGUACGAGGAGUGGUUGAUGCAGCAUGCUCAUCUGCUCAGUAUGCAAGUCAAGUAUCUGGAACAGCAGAUAGCUAAACAGAGGAAGACAAAGAAAUCUAUACAAAACAAGCAGAAACAGGCCCGUAAAGCUGGGGCAGAGCUGAAGCCAGAAGAACAGCAGGACCUGGACAAGGCCAACCAGGAGAUCACCCUUGUCCAGAAACAGCUUGACCAGGUCAGAAAACAGCAGAGACAACACCAGACACUCAUACAGGAGUACAGGCAGAAGCAGCAGGAACGGUAUGGUGUGAACUGGCCAGCACCCACCCCUCCCACUAAGCCAGGUCAGAAUCCCAUGGGGGCACAGCAACCUCCCAUGAUGCAACAGCCCAAUCCCAUGAUGCAGCUGGGCCCAGGUCACAUGAUGCAGGGUCAAGGUCACCCUAGACCCAUGGUUCCCGGGUCACCCCAGAUGCAGCAACCACCUACCACCAUGAUGCCGCAGCCGCCAUCUUCCAUGAUGCCACAGUCCACCACUGGCAUGAUGCCACAAUCAGGAGCUG